GGAAAUGAAAGAAAACCGGCUGCAGUGCGCAUGUGUACGAAUGUGCCUUUGCUCUCCGGGUAAAGAUGGCGGAGCGCGGGUACAGCUUUUCGCUGACUACGUUCAGCCCUUCUGGUAAACUUGUCCAGAUUGAAUAUGCUUUGGCUGCUGUAGCUGGAGGAGCCCCUUCAGUGGGAAUUAAAGCUGCAAAUGGUGUGGUAUUAGCAACUGAGAAGAAACAGAAAUCCAUUCUGUAUGACGAGCGAAGUGUACACAAAGUGGAACCAAUUACCAAGCACAUAGGCUUGGUGUACAGUGGCAUGGGCCCAGAUUACCGAGUGCUUGUGCACAGAGCUCGAAAACUAGCUCAGCAAUACUAUCUUGUUUACCAAGAACCCAUCCCCACAGCUCAGCUGGUACAGAGGGUAGCUUCUGUUAUGCAAGAAUACACCCAGUCAGGUGGUGUUCGUCCAUUUGGAGUUUCCUUACUUAUUUGUGGUUGGAAUGAGGGACGACCAUAUUUAUUUCAGUCAGAUCCUUCUGGAGCUUACUUUGCUUGGAAAGCCACAGCAAUGGGAAAGAAUUAUGUGAAUGGGAAAACUUUCCUUGAGAAAAGAUAUAAUGAGGAUCUGGAACUUGAGGACGCCAUUCAUACAGCCAUCUUAACCCUAAAGGAAAGCUUUGAAGGGCAAAUGACAGAGGAUAACAUAGAAGUUGGAAUCUGCAAUGAAGCUGGAUUUAGGAGGCUUACUCCAACUGAAGUUAAGGAUUACUUGGCUGCCAUAGCAUAAUAAUGAAGUGACUGAACAAUCUGGAGUUUCAGAUAAUAUAUCUACUUAAUUAUGUUAAUGUAUGUUUUGUUCUGCAGACUUUUUUGCAUACUUAUUUCUACAUGGUUUAAAUCUGAUGUUUUUUAAAUGACACUUAUAAAUCAUAAUAAACUGUUAAACCCAA